UCUUUCUAGUUUUCCGAACAAAAGUCAAAUUUUACCUGAAAUUUUUACAACUAUUUCUCAAAAUAUACAUUUUUAUCAUUAAAUAUAGAUAAAAAUGUUUAGCUAACUGCAGAUAGUGUUUAUUUAGUGUUUUUAUUGUUUUAUGAUAACAAAUUUAGUAGUUUACGAGUUAUUUUGAUAGAAAGUGAAGUAAUACGUCUUGGCUGACAUUCAAAGUGAAGUAUUUUAUUGAUCAAACGAUUCCACGUGCAUGUUUUUAUUUACCAGUAUUCUGGCCGCUUUUUACCUUAAUUAUUGACUCUGCGUCACACGAACUGCUUCCAACAUGGCGAUGGAAUUCUUCAUUAAAAAUCUAUGUCUUGAAAUUCAGCAAGAGUGUAUAGAACUACAAUAUGACUGCCAUCAAAAUUUUAUGACCUAUUAUUUAACUCAAUUGGCGUUUGAUCCACUAUGGAAUCUCUUCCCAAAGAUGAAUGAAAUCGUGCGCGAAGACGCACUUCGCAUCAUUAAAUUCGCCGUAGCAAAAAUGAGCAACCAAACAUGUCCUUGCAUCAUAACGCUAAAAAUCCAGUUUUACUUCAAUUGCAAUUUCGAAAGCCGACAUCAGAUAAUUGACGUAGAUCAAAGCAAUUUCCACAAACGUCUCGUGCCUCUUAUUGAAGAAAUAGUCGAGUCAAAACCGGAAAGUGUCAGUCAAUACGAUAUGCUUCUGAAGCAGAUUAUUUACUAUUCUACUUUAUGGCGUGGUUUAGGCAAUCCGACCUUCGAGAAAGUUUACAAUGAAUGUUAUCAUGCGACAACUAGUUUUCUUGACAGUAGCGACCUACAAGCGUUCACACACUACAAACAGGAAGACAAAUGUACUCAGUUGAAUGUCUUUGCACAGAUUACAGCUGGCGUGCGAAUUUUCAACUGGACAUGCAAGAAAGGCGGCGAGGGCAUUGAUAAUUUGCCGAUGUUGUUAGCACAAAAUUUAAGCGAAUUUAAACUUGAUUUGACGCAGCGAUUGCAAAGCGUAAUGGAUAAAAUCGACAUUUUGACCUCUGCCAUGGAUUAUUGUUUUAUCAUCGACAGCACCGCCGUUUACAGGUUAGAUGCUAUGCAUACUGAAUAUAAACAAUCCUGCGAACUGCCCGAAGGAAUUGAGUAUGAAGAAAUUGAAUUCUUCAAGGAUAUGAUUAUCGUCUAUAGACAAAUUGAAGUAUUUUCCAGACAAAUAUUAGAUGUUGUAGAGCAAAUGGAGAAUAACUACGAGGAUUACACGAAAAGAUUUCAGAAUUGUCUGGAUAGUUUUCAUUCUUUGACGCAUCUCAAAGCAGGCGUGCCAACCAGAGUCAUAUUUCCAAUGUUUAUUGAAUUAGACAACAUUUGGGAAUGCUAUCAGAAUGAGAUCGUCUACAUGAAACGCAUGUAUCAAAUUAUGGUGAAUUUAGAUGUGUAUAUCAAAGACUGUUCUAUAAAUUUCCACAAGUUGGAAAUUAUUAUUGACGACAGAGAUAUUCUUAAUGAUGCUGAUCGAUCCGUGAUUCUAGAAGAAGGCGAUUAUUUAGAGGAGCAAUUGUUUGAUGUUGAGAUUAUUCAACCAACAAGCAAAGAUUUCAAUCUUAAAGAAUUAAAAUUAGAAAUUUUGGGCUUCGAUAUAUGGAGGUUAGUCGAAUCACAAGGUGCCUUAAUACCAGGCAACCCUAAUCUCGGCAUUAUCGUUUUUGAUAACAGGAAUUAUGUUUUUUCAACCAAACAAAGCGCAUUUAUGUUUGCAAAGUAUCCAACCAAAAUUGUGAGCGAAAUGCUUGAAUUGGUUCGAAAGAAAGUCGAAUUAAUCACUUUGUUGCAACUUCAGGAGGAUAUGCGUAGAGUCCAAACACUAAAACAGUUAGUAAGUACUACGCAAAUGGCAGAGUCUACCGUCGCACAUACCAACGCUGAUGUGCAAACUGAGCUGCACGCAGUCGAAAAAAACAUCGACUACAAAUAUAAGUGGAAUAUCUGGGAUCACAAACGUGCCGCGCUCAGUUUGUGUGACCUCUCGCACACGUCGUCCAAGCAAGUGAACACCGAAGCAUUGCGUGGCAUCUUCUCCAGCGCCACGCAGACCUACGCAUCCAAAGAUGUCGCCAUGCAGACUCUUCAAGAUGCGUACACUAACACGCAUACACCACAGACGUACUUCUUUGGUCUACGUGGACGCAAAGAUGAUAAACAAUUUAUUAUGAACUUAACUAAACCACCAGACAAGAGCUAAAAAUUGUUAUGUGGAAGGUAGAUAAAAAUAGCUUUACAAUAUU